CCACCCCCUUCUCUCUCAUUCUCUCACACACAGAGUGAGAGACUCAUAGACACGCGCGCACAAGCACGGACAAAUAGAGCAUUGGAUUGUGAUUCUACUGCAGAUUUUGCAUAAUGGGGUUAUUCAAUUGAGGGAGGAAAUUUUCUUGGAUUAUUAAUCUGGUAGAUUAGUGUAAAGGGGUGGACUUGUUCUUCAUCAAGUCUAUCUUAGGGCACUUUUUCUGGGGAUUUUUCAGGGACUCCAUUGUUGCUGACAGGUGCAGCUUAUUGAUUGCUUUAGUUUGUAUAAUGUUAUAAGGUGCCUCAGUAUGGAUGUGGUUGAAUAAGGGGGAGCUUUCGCAGCUAAGCAGAUGUUUUAAUGAAUUACCAGACAGGAAAGUUCAAAAUAUGGAUAGACUGGAUUUAGGAUUCAAUCACUCUGGAUCUGUGCAAUCAGAGGAGUCAGCCCUGGAUUUGGAGAGAAAUUAUUUCAACCACCUUCCUUUGUCAAUUCCACCACCACUGCAAGCCUUUGCAUCAGGUUGUCAGGUCGCUGAGAGCAAUGCUGCCUACUUUUCAUGGCCUUGCCGCUUGGAUGCUGCUGAGGACCGGGCCAAUUACUUUGGUAACCUUCAGAAGGGUGUUUUACCUGAAACCUUGGGGGGACGUCCCACGGGACAGCAAGCUACAACAUUGCUUGAAGUUAUGACCAUUAGGGCAUUCCAUAGCAAAAAUUUGCGCCGCUUUAGUCUUGGUACAGCAAUCGGAUUUCGUAUCCGGCGAGGUGCUUUGACAGACAUACCAGCUAUUCUUGUCUUUGUUGCCAGAAAAGUUCAUAGGCAAUGGCUCAACCUUGUCCAAUGUCUACCGGCUUUUCUUGAGGGACCAGGUGGUGUUUGGUGUGAUGUCGAUGUUGUGGAGUUCUCAUACUUUGGGGCACCGGCAGCAACUCCAAAGGAACAGCUAUAUACUGAACUUGUUGAUGGUUUACGGGGAAGUGAUCCAUGCAUUGGUUCUGGUUCCCAGGUUGCUAGUCAGGAAACAUAUGGAACCUUGGGCGCAAUUGUUAAAAGUCGGACAGGAAUCAGGCAGGUCGGUUUCCUUACCAAUCGUCAUGUAGCAGUUGACUUGGAUUAUCCAAGCCAGAAAAUGUUUCAUCCUCUGCCACCUAGCCUGGGACCUGGGGUGUAUUUAGGUGCUGUGGAGAGGGCUACAUCCUUCAUAACAGAUGAUCUUUGGUAUGGCAUAUUUGCUGGUACAAACCCAGAAACAUUUGUUCGAGCUGAUGGAGCAUUUAUUCCAUUUGCCGAAGAUUUCAACAUGUCAAAUGUAACGACGUCUGUGAAAGGAAUAGGAAACAUAGGUGAUGUCAAUAAAAUAGACUUACAGUCUCCUGUUGGUAGCGUCAUUGGUAGGCAAGUGGUGAAAGUUGGAAGGAGCUCUGGUCUAACGACUGGGAACAUUAUGGCCUAUGCCCUGGAGUAUAAUGAUGAAAAAGGAAUUUGUUUCUUUACAGAUUUUCUAGUUGUUGGUGAGAACCAACAGACAUUUGAUCUUGAAGGUGACAGUGGUAGCCUCAUUCUCUUGACUAGCCCAGACGGGGAGAAGCCACGACCUAUUGGAAUAAUUUGGGGUGGAACUGCCAAUCGAGGUCGUUUAAAAUUGAAAGUUGGCCAACCUCCUGAGAAUUGGACUAGUGGGGUUGACUUGGGGCGUCUCCUUGAUCUUCUUGAACUUGAUCUCAUUACAUCCAACGAGAGUCUCCAAGUUGCAUUGCAAGAGCAAAUAAAUGCAUCAGUUGCGGGUAUUGGUUCUGCUGUUGGAGGGUCGUCUCCAGCAGAGCGGAUUCAAUUGAAAGCUGAGGAGAACUUUGAACCAAUCAAUUUGAAUGUCCGACAAGAUCCCAUUGACGAUGAAUCUGAUGAAGGGAUAGUUCCGCCACUCGAGCAUAAACACUUUCACAUUCAGGAUGGAAAUAAAGCAACUCCCUGCAUUGAGCAUCAGUUUAUCCCAAGUGUCUCUGGGAUUCAACAUGGAAAUGGGGAAUUGAAAAGGCGUUCAGUGAUGAGAAGGUCGGAUAAAGAGAUGUAUGUGUCUUUGCAGUUAGGGGAGCAGCACGAACCAAAGAGAAGGAAACAAUGACGAUGACAAGUCCCCGUUUGCCCAAAAAAAAAGAGUGAAGAAUUGCCUCGUUGUAUUUGCUUCAUUUGUCUCUUGGAGGCUCAGUCAUGCACUGAACUGGGAGGACUUGGGGAGUAUUAUUUAAGCCUCCCACCAGUAUGAGUAUUACUAUGAUUAUUAUUAUUAUUAUUAUUAUUAUUCUUUUUCACUUUUAAUUCUUGAACUACAUAUAGAGGUUAGAUAUUAAGUUGUACAAUAUGUAAGAAAUGUGUUAAAGGAGAGAAGUGUAUCUAUUUGUAUCUGGUUGCAUCAUUUCUGUGAAGCUCAUACAACAUCUAUGAAGUGGAGGAAGUCCCCAGAACUGUUACUGUAUUGC